AUGCCUAAUUUUCCUGGCAAAUACCACAGAGUGGCGCAACACGGUCGUUAUAAUCGAGCCUAUAGCCGCGCACCAGGCGAUUACGUCAACGACAACACCAAUCAGCACUACGCCGUCCGCAACAUCCAACCCUACGGCGGCAACGCCAACAACCGCGGUUAUGUCGAAAUACCGGCCACCUACUCCCAGGCGAGGCCCACCGCUGAGUGGGCGAAUCCUCCUCAUGGCAGGAGAGGCGUCCACGCCGAUCUGCGGGCGAUGCAGCAGAGACAUGGUUUCAACGAGGCGUCGCCGGGGGCUCCCGCGGCCAACAUCCGGGGGUGGGCGGCGGCUAUCAGCAACCUCAGUACCAGGGCUCCCGCGGCCAACAUCAGUGUGGGCGGCGGCUAUCAGCAACCCCAGUACCAGGGCUCCCGCGGCCAACAUCAGGUGGUGGGCGGCGGCUAUCAGCAACCAUCGUAUCAUACUGCUGUCAAGCUGCCGCAGCUGCCGGCCGUACCACAGCUGCCAAGCCUUCAACAGACAUCGUACGAAACUUCGGGUCACGGCUACCAGAAGCCAACCUACCAAGUCUCCGGUCAACAAGCGAGUGGGUACCAGCAGCCAACCUACCAAACCACCGGUCAACAAGCGAGUGGGUACCAACAGCCAGCAGCCACCAAUCAAGCUUACAGCGCCGGCGCGUACCAGCAGCAGCCGCAGCAGCAGUACGCCAGCCAACCAACUGGUCAACAGGGCCAAUACACGGCGCAGACAGGCACUAGUCAAUCGACCUACUCUUCCCCGGUGAAUCAACUACCUCGACCAACGUCCGUCAUUGUUCCUGGUGUCAACUACAGGCGACAGGAGGCGACGCCGUACUCCGUUGCUGAGAACGCCGCCAAGCCGACAAAGUACACGUCGAGAUAG